CCGCGGGGACAAGAGAACAGACAAGAGAAGGAGAGACGUGGGGAGAAAGAGAAAAGAAGAAAGAGAAUAAAAAAAGAGAGACAGAAAACAGAAAAUUAAGAAAAGCACACGAGGAAGACGUGAGGAUGUAAUGUUGGAUUGUUUCGUGUCUCUUUGUCACUUGAUCCUUUUUUUUUUACUAUAGUCAGAGGCCUCCAUUGUGGUAAAUGCAUUGGGAGAAGCCUCGGUGUCCCCUCGAGAGAAAAUAGUGGAAAUUGGAAGCCGAAAAAAGAGACUCCAGAAGUGAACUUGAUUAAAUAUCUUGAUCUGAACUGAACCAUAAAAAACUUAAAGUCAAAAGAAAACAGUGUGAAGUGAGAGUGAACAUAAAUGAGUGAGUGAAAACACCUGCAUUGGCGUGUGAGAUCCUCCAGAGAAUAAAACAAACGGACAGGAACAGUUAAACCAGCCUCCAGAAGAGCGAGGAGAAGGCAAGAGAAGAUGUCAGGAAGGCGGAAAGUGUCAGCCGAGUGGAAAAAGAGAGUGAAGAGCGAGUACACGCGGCUAAGGUCCCUCAAGAAGUUCAAAAGGGCUGACGAGAUCAAGGCGGCGUGGAACCAGAACAGGGCUCACCUCAAUGAGUUACUGGAGCAGGAAGACCAAACGAUGAUAGGGAUGGGGCCAGUGUGGGUGUGCUCUGUGGAGGCCCCCCCACACCAGGCAGUCAUGAGAAGAACCCAUGUAACCUCCUCCUGCUCCGAACCCCUCUCUGUCCCCAUCAGGACCAUCAGCGCCGUUAAUCCCAUACCCACCAUGUACACUUGGGCCCCACUCCAGCAGAAUUUCAUGGUUGAAGACGAGACUGUCCUGCACAAUAUCCCGUACAUGGGUGAUGAAGUGCUCGACCAGGAUGGCAAAUUCAUCGAGGAGCUCAUACGCAAUUAUGAUGGAAAAGUUCACGGAGACCGAGAGACUGGAUUUAUUGAUGAUGAGAUAUUUGUGGAACUUGUUGAUACUCUUGUACAGCAGUAUCAGAAGAAAGAAGAGAAGAAGGAAAAGCCUGAACGGAGAUCUAGCAUCAGGAAAGAGAACAAAACAAAGGAAAAAGAAGAUGAUGAGGAAGAAGAGGAAGAAGAGGAGGAAGAGGAGGAGGAAGAGGAAGAUCAGGAGGAAGAGGAAGAGAUUGAUGGUCAGAAAGAGGAGGAUGGAACUGACAGCUCGAGUGCUGUAGGAAAGAGGGACUUUCCAUGCUUCGCCAUUUUCCAAGCCAUUUCGGCACUAUUUCCGGACAAAGGCUCACCAGAGGAACUCAGAGAAAAGUACAUAGAGUUAACAGAUCCAACUGCCCUGCCGCCGGAGUGCACACCCAACAUCGAUGGGCCGAGUGCUGAAAGUGUACCCCAGGAACAGACGAUGCACUCCUUCCACACGCUUUUCUGCCGGCGGUGCUUCAAGUACGACUGCUUCCUCCACCCUACCAAGGGAAGUACAGACGCCCCAGGUAAGGGAAAGCCAGACUUCCCCAAGCGUCUUGCGGCGAACUUGCUAGCUCUUCCGUUUCAUGGUUAUGGGGCACAUUCCCCCUCCCCUUCCAACCCACCUUGCCCAACCUCUCUCCCUCCACUUCCAUCUGUCAUUCUCUUCUUUAUCCUUCAGCAUUACACAAAACUACUACUCAUCAUCCUCUUUUUCCCAUACACUUCUGGAAUCAUUGUGUAACUUGGGGGCCUCAGCUGGGGACAGCU